AUGGCAAGUGGGACGGCUGCGGAGCAAAACUGCACGUACUACGAUGUUGUUAAAUACCUGAAUUUCCCUUCUUACAAUAAACACCUCCUCUAUACAAUACCCAAGAAGAACUGGGAAGAUCCCCUGGAACUGAAGAUGGAUUUUUCCCUGGUUUCCAUUCUCGCGGUGAGGUGGAAGAAUGCCUUGGUGACCUGGAAACCCCAGGAUUUCUGCGGCAUCUCCAAAAUCAUUCUGCCAGAGGAUACGUUCUGGUCCCCACAUAUCUUCAUUUUUGAACAAGUGGAUAAAGAGAAAUCAAGCAUCAUACCCUAUCUAUCCAUCACUCACAACGGGAUUGUUAGGACCAGGCAGCCCCACCAGGUCACGAUAACGUGCAGCUUGAAAAUCCACAAAUUCCCAUUUGAUGCUCAGACCUGCAACAUCAGCAUAACCACAUUCAUGUACACAGUAAGAGACAUUAUAAUCAACCCCGGUCAGACGGAGGAGGACCUAAAUAGUAAGAGCCAGCUUUAUUUCCAGACCGACGGAGAAUGGAAGCCUCUGAACAUAAAGAUAAGAGAACACAAAGUCAUCGAGCGGGAAGAGACGUUUGGUGUGAUCGUUUAUGAGAUAUUCAUGCAGCGACAACCCCUUUACUACGUUGUGAACCUGAUCCUCCCUACGUGCAUGCUGUACCUGUUGGAUAUGGCUCUCCUUUUCGGGCCCAGUUCUCACGGAGAAAAGAUCGGCUUCCAGAUCUCACUCAUCCUGGGGAUUUCCAUGUUAGCUGUGAUUCUUAAUGACAUUCUUCCAACUUCUUCCGAGAGCCUGCCCAUAAUAGGUACCUGUUUUUAA